AUGGAAGAUGAUCUAUACGCCCAAGAGCUUGAUGAUUAUGUCAAGCGUCACAACAUCCAUAAAAUUUUACGGGAGUCUAUCGUAAACGUUUGUCUUUAUCGUCCCGAUGAUCCCAUCCGUUUCCUCCGUGAAUACUUUGAGGCUCUCGAUACCUCUUCAAGUCACACUGAGCCGGCGUCGAAUCGAAGCUCGAAUAGUGCAGUUCCAGUUGGAAAACGCAUCCUAGGAUCACGCGAUGGGAAUGCCAGUUUUCCCCCACCGUCGGCUGAUUCAGAACCAUCUUCUAACCCAGAUAACAUUCCCCUAGAUGAGCCAUCGACAAGUGCUCAACGUCGCCAUUCUGGUGAUCAUUAUUCUAGCAACCAAAAUGGACUUAGUGAUGUCGAUGACGCCUACGGCAGUAGUGGCGAGGUGCAUUUCCUCUCAUCCUCCACUUCCAGCACAGUGAAUUGCAGUUCAUCAAAUCCAAUAUCUGCCAAGCGUCGUGUCAGGCGUGGGGCUGUCAGUGGCGAAGUUUACACGGAAGAAGAUGCGGCUUCAUAUGUGAAAAAGGUUGUCCCUAAGGACUAUAAGACGAUGACUGCGCUCUCAAAGGCCAUCGCCCGCAACGUUCUAUUUGCGCAUUUGGACGAAAAUGAGAGGAGCGACAUCUUCGAUGCGAUGUUUCCCCUUCACCGCAGUCGUGGGGAUAUCAUAAUAAAGCAGGGCGACGAUGGCGAUAACUUUUACAUUAUUGACCAAGGCAAAGUGGAUAUAUAUGUGAAUGGCGAACUUGUUAGCUGCAUCGGAGAGGGUGGAAGUUUUGGAGAGUUGGCCCUCAUCUACGGCACUCCACGGGCAGCAACGGUGAAGGCGCGCAGUGAUGAGGUGAAGCUGUGGGGUAUUGAUCGCGACUCCUAUCGCCGCAUUCUCAUGGGUAGCACCAUUCGUCGUCGGAAGAUGUAUCAGGACUUUUUGGCACGCGUACCCAUCCUGGGUAAGCGGAACCCGAAUAAUCAGGCAUCCAUCUCAAGCCUGUCUUCCUGUAUGCUCACGGUUCGACUGCGCUUUCCUCUUGUAGACAAUCUGGAGAAGUGGGAACGGCUGACUGUGGCAGAUGCACUGGAGCCGGUUCGCUUUGAGGCGGGGGACUGCAUUGUUCAACAGGGCGAUCCUGGUGAUGAUUUCUACAUCAUAAUUGAGGGCACGGCCGCUGUGUUGCAACGACCUUCAGAAAACUCAGAACCCGUUGAAGUAGGCAGGCUGGGUCCCUCCGACUACUUCGGUGAAGUGGCGUUGCUGCUGGAUCGCCCCCGAGCAGCCACAGUGGUGGCACAGAGCGCAAUGCGGUGCGUCAAAUUGGACCGCAAGCGCUUUGAACGCGUGAUGGGACCCUGCUCCGAUAUCCUCAAGCGCAAUAUCGCCAAGUACAACAGCUACAUCUCGCUGUCCGUAUGA